AUGGAUAAGAACAGCAAAAUUGUUAUCGUUGGGGCAGGCAUUUUCGGCCUGUCCACGGCUGCCAAGCUAGCAUCGGAGGGCUACAAACAUGUUACGGUUGUUGACCGCCACAUGCCGCCUGUUCCGGAUGGCUCUAGCUCGGAUAUUUCCCGUGUAAUACGUUUCGAUUACGCCGACGCAGACUAUCUCAACAUUGCAUACGAAGCAUACCUCAAAUGGUCCCAACUGCCGAAAUAUAAAGGCAUCUUUUUCAAAGCACCAUACAUUCUCACCGGCAACACCAGCGCACACGGCCGCGCCUGGAUUGAAAAGACGACCGCUGCGCUAACCAAGAAACAGUUGCCCUGGGGGAAGCUAGACAGUGCUGCGGCUGCGAAGAGUAGAUACCCUAUUCUAAGUGGGACUCUUGCUACUCCCAAUUUCACUGGCUACUAUAAUGAACAGGCAGGGUGGGCCGACGCCAGUAAGGCUGUCAGCCAGCUUCGCGACGAUUGUCUUGAACUAGGAGUGUCAUUCAUCUGUGGUCGCGCAGGCACAGUUAUCAGUCUCGACACAGACUCGCAAAAGAAGAUCAAGGCUGUUAAGAGUCUUGCGGGAACCUCAAUUGAAGGUGAUCACUUUAUCCUUGCUGCCGGCGCUUGGACAUCGGGGUUGGUGGAUAUGUACAACUCGACCUUGGCAACGGCCCAGGUAAUCGGCUACACACCGCUCACAGAUGCUGAAGUGAAGAAGUACCAAGAUGUUCCAAUUUACGCCAAUUUUAACACGGGUUGGUUCAACUUCCCUUCACAUGACGAUAGCAAGACCCUCAAAAUGGCCGUUCAUGGAUGGGGCUACACACGUGCACCCACCGCCGAAGAUCAUCAGAAUAUAAAGAGUAACAUUUCGUCACCUCCUCUGAUCCCCCCUCGUCAACGCGCCAACUUCACUCCACCGGAUGGAGAAGACCGGCUCAGGACCGGUCUGCGUGAGAUUCUGCCCGAAUUAGCCGAUCGUCCGUUCGAGCGGGUAGCGCUGUGCUGGUACACCGAUACACCUUCGGGCGAUUUCAUUAUGGACUCUCACCCCGAUUACAAGAACCUUUUCAUCGCUGGUGGCGGUAGUGGGCAUUCACUCAGCGGAUUCAAAUUUCUCCCUGUGUUAGGCGACUACACGUUCCUUGCGUUCACGAAGCAACUUCCAGAACAUUUGUCGCAGAAAUGGCGGUUCCGAACAGAAUACAAAGAUGAUAAAGAUACUUUCUUGGGAGAUGGAAGUCGUGGAGGGCCUGCUAGACGGGAAUUACAUGCUCAGGAAAGGGCAAAGCUGUAG